ACUAACGGUUCGAGCAUUUCAUACGAAUUCGUUUCGAAAUAAGAUGACACCUUCGUAAAUUCUCUGACCCACCCAGAAAGCAGGUCUAUUUUACUCUUGAAUACUGUCUUUAGGAAUGUGAUAAGUGGCGGGUCCAUAAAAAACGGUAGAUUUUAUUCUGAAACUGGCCAUAAAUAGUGUUUAUAUUUUAUUUUGAAGCCGUCUCCUGCGUUGAUUACCGUAAUGCCUCGGGUUAUCCCGAGGUUAACCGGAAUUGCUUGUGACGAAACUGUUGCUUGAAACCGCCACAGACACCCCGUUUAUUUAAAUAAAUAGAUAUAACUUCACCUUCAAUUGAACGUACUGAGGAGUUGAACCGUCAUCGCAACAAGCGAUCGUGUUCGAAGCGACUUCAAUUUAUGAACGGGAAACAUGGACGACCUCGAUAGUCAGAGCAGCGCGGCGGCCCCGGCCAAGAAGAGCAGCCGGACGUCGUUGCUCGACAGCGGGGAGGACUUUGAGGUCUUGGACGAGGAUGACAUUGACGACGACCCCCCGCCCCUGGAAGACGGGGGCGGCGGGGAGGGCCGGGACUCGCACAAGGGACGCGGAGAGGAGGAGGGAGACCGGGAAGAAGCCUCGGAGGAAUGGCUGGAUGUGCUAGGUAAUGAACAGCUAAAGAAAAAGGUCCUGGUGGCGGGCAAGGGCCGAGACAGUCGACCAAAGAAAGGACAGAAUGUGACCAUUUGUCUUAAAACAUUCCUGAAAGAUGGAACGUUAGUCGAGGAGCUCCCCGAGCUCAAGUUCGCGCUUGGAGACGGCGAUGUCAUCCAGGCCCUGGAUCUUGCAGUGCUGCUCAUGGAAAUGGGCGAAAAGGCACUCAUCCAAACUGCUGCCACUUAUGCAUACGGGACCUGGGGAAGUUAUGAACCAGAUGUGCCGGCCGAUGCUGAGCUGUUUCUGGAAGUGGAGUUGAAGGAAGCCUGCGACGCAGCGGACCUGGAGCUCCUGCCCCCCCUAGAAAAGAUUGCACUGGCCAGCGGAAAGAGAGAAAGGGGCAAUGUCCAUUAUCAGCGCGGAGACUACGCUUUCGCUAUCAACUCAUACGGCAUCGCCCUUCAGAUCACCGAAUCCAGCUCCAAAGUGGACAUCACUCCAGAAGAAGAAAGCGAGCUGCUAGAUGUGCAAGUGAAAUGUCUGAAUAACAUGGCGGCGGCACAGCUUAAGCUGGACCACUACGAAGCUGCAUUCAAGUCAUGUGUCGCCGCCCUCGCUCACCAGCCAAAUAACAUCAAAGCACUCUUCCGCAUGGGCAAAGUGCUGGCCUUGCAAGGCGAAUAUGGAGAAGCCAUUCAAACGUUGAGAAAAGCACUGAAGCUGGAACCAAGCAACAGGACCAUCCACGCAGAGCUGUUCAAACUAGUGAAGAAACACUCUGAGCAGAGGGGUGCAGAGCAGGCCAUGUACAAGAAGAUGCUUGGUAACCCUGCCAGCAGCGUCCCGCACAAACGCUGGAUGAAGUCCUCAUGGGGUCUCAGCUGGAAGUGGUUAUUCGGCGCCACAGCAGUCGCCAUUGGUGGCGUCGCCUUAUCGGUGGUCUUGGCUGCCAGAAACUAAAGCGAGCGCCUAUUUUUGCUGACUUGUGAACGGACCAAGAAAGAAGCACAUCGGGCAUUGAGGACUUGUCAGCAGAGUCGAGGGAAUGAGGAGUUAAAACACUACUGUUUGUUUGUUUUUGAGACGUUUGAUGUAUGCAUCACGUAUUUGUAUCCUCACAACCCCUGCGGGAACUAUUUAUCAGCAAUCGCUCCCUUAUGGCAAAUGGCCGCUGCCAUGUUCAGAUUCAAAGCAAAGUCUUUCUAAGAAGCUCAGUCAUUUAUUCCUUAUGUUUCAAAUAUAUAAUUGAGUGGGCCCACACAUAUUUACAGUUUGGUAUUUGUGAAUUUGCCCUGUUGCAGAUUUUUAUUUUUUAUUUUUUUGCGGGGAGAGUUGUGAUCCUAUCCUCUUCAAUCAAAGCUGACCUUUUUGCUGUUUUUGUGCUAAGGCCAAAGCUGUCAAUGUCUGAUGUAAAAGUAUUGCUUGGGUGCAGUGUUGUGGCCAAGACCUGAUGUUGAAGUAAGAGAAGGGUGUUCAUUUAGUCAGAAAAAAGUGCUUUGCCAUCAUCUUGUAGAAUCUAUAGAUAGGCUAUUAUACAAACCUUAGGGUGACCGUAUUACUCGUUGCAUUUCACACCCCUUUGAAUGGUGGGGGUUCAUUGUAUUGCACUGUUAUACCUCUACUACUUCAUAUUCAUAUCUUCAGUUCAUUAUAUUAAUCUAGAGAGUGAUUUAACUAACUUGACUGGGGCACAACGUACGGUGUUCUUAGAUAAACACCGAAAGCUAAACGUACGGAAAAGUGCUGUAAAACAGUCCUACCUCACGUACGUUGUCAUCUCAUUAACACAGUCAACAAUUCAAGAUGCAUGUGAAGUAUGUUUGGAAUGCCUAACUAAAUGCAUACUCAUCUUUGACACGCAUCAUUGCUGUGACAUCCAGGGCGGCUAUACGAAGUUUUGACAGUGCAGGAAGAGCCUAUUUGUUGUUUCCCCCCCUCACCUAUAUACAGUCCCCUCCAAAGGUUUUGGAUCGUAAAGAUCAGUUCCCAUGUUUUUGUUGUAUACUUGAGCUUUUUGAGACAAAUGCUCAUAAUUCAAUCUUCAUCCAUCCAUUUUCUUAGGCGCUUAUCCUCACGAAGGUCAUGGGAAUGCCGGAGUCAGUCCCGGUUAUCGGGCAGGAGGUUGCCAGCCAAUCGCAUGGCUCAUGGAGACAAACAAUAGUUACAAUCACAAGUGUCCAAUUUUGCAUGUUUUUGGGAUGUGGGAGGAAACCCACGCAGCCACAGGGAGAACCUGCAAACUCCACACAGGCGGGUCCGGGAUUGAACCCGGGACCUCAACUGCUUUCCAGGUGAUCCACCGUGCCGCCCAAUUUAUUCUUUUCUUUCGGAUUAUUUAUAUCCAGGACUGAGCUCUGGGAGAAAAGCAAACAAUUUUAACGAGCGAAGUGUGAAAACUUGCACAUACAUGACGUAGCCAAUACAACAAUUUGCAAUGUCCCGUAAAAACAUCUGACGUACUGAACAACAGACAUCGGCUGGCCUCGAUGUAAAUUCUUUGAAAUAACAGCUGGAAUUGCUUCAAAUCUUUUGAUUCAAAACCCAAAUAUCUUCAGUGUACAACAAAACAAAGGAAUUGACCUUGUCAUUACAGUACUUUUGAACGGGACUUUAUACCUCAGGUUAUGACCAUUUAAGACCAAAUGUUGACGAGUCCUGUGUAGAAGUGUAUAACAUACUUUGACUUUUUUCCUUUUAGAUGUUAAUUUAUUACAGCCUCAAUGGUAGUUGCUUUGAAGGAAACGCACCUGAACUAUAUGAAUGUGCCCUUGGUAAAAAUAAAAAAAAAUCAACAAAAAAUAUGCCAAUAAGUUUCACAAUUUUCCUGUUUAAUUUUAUAUUAAUCGAAAUAAAGUUUUUUUUCCGUCA